UCGCGAAGUGUUUUUAUACGCGCUUUUAUUUUUUAACAUUUUUAACCCCAAAAGUCCAUUGGAAUAAGAAAACUAAACACCUCUGGUGUUAAAUCCGUGGAUAUGAGUGCUUUAUUAGGCCGUAUUAUAGUAAUCAAAAGAAAUGGCUCCGAUGGGGCACAUUUUCCGCUAAAAAAACAAGAGUGUUUGUUUGGAAGAAACAACGAGUGUGAUAUCCGUAUCCAAUUGCCAAACGUCUCGAAGGAACAAAAAAAAAUUUCAGUUGACUCCGAAAAGAAGGUGUGGUUAGAGAACCUUAGUASUUGCCAGGAUACUCUACUUAAUGGUACUGCAGUUACUGGUCUAAAGGCAGUCUCACAUUUGGAUGUGUUUACUAUAAGUGACAGGUCRUUUAGAUUUGAGUUUCCUACGCCAAAGAAAACUACACCAAAGAAAUCUCCCAAGAGUCCAAAAAGAAGAUCAAGUGAGGGAUCUCUAGAAAGAAAGUCUUUGACACCAAGGGGUAGUCCCCGCAUCCCUGUUCCCCCUCCAGACACCUUAAAAGAGAACAUCCACCUUUUACGAAGGCAGUCUGUUCCACUUCAAGAAGUAGAURAAAGUUUGCUUUCUCCUUUGACGACCAAGUCUCCAUUGUCRACAUCUAGUGAAAUGAACAGCAUCAACAGUGAAAUGAAGACUACCCCAACUGGAAAAUCUCCUGGAAGAAGAAAGUCCAUGUCAAGAAAGGCAAAGCGAGUUUCCUUUGGAUCAAUACUGAGUCCAGAACUUUUUGACAAGACCUUACCAGCUGCUACUCCUGUGAAGAGAGGUGCUACACCAAGAAGAAUUUCCUCUGAAUGCAAACCAAUUUUGUCUGAUAUAAAGAAGAGACGAUCUGUCGUAGUGUCACCAUCUACCGAUGCAAUCUCAGAGGAAGAUGAGAUGGUAGAAAAUCAAGRAAAUAGUGAUGUCAACAAUGACAACUCAGAAAGUCUUCUUUGUAUGUUACCUGAUCCAGGAAAUCAAAAAGAUUCAGCUAUGAUUGUUGAACAGCUUCCCUCUCAAGUUCCAGACUUACCUGCUCAAGAUGAAGAAAGUCCCAAAGCUGCACCAUCUGUGACUCCAAGGCGCUCAAGUAGAAGGUUAUCCACUCUAAUGAUGGAACAGAUUAAAGUCUUGAUAGAUGAAAAUAAAGUCAGUGUUGAUACCACAUCUGAAGAUGAAGAAUGCAGUGAAGACAAGAAAAGAAGACUUGCUACACCAGUGAGAAAGGCCAUUGAAGCUGGUUUCCAACUUAAGGCCACCAAGAAAAAGCUUGCUACUCCACUACGUAAAGCCAUUCAGUCGAAACCUGUCUUGAAAGAAACCAAAAAGAAAAUUGCUACUCCACUCAGAAAGGAAAUUCAACAAGGCAUUGAACUUAAAGCUACUAAAAAGAAACUUGCUACUCCACUUCGUAAAGAAAUUCAAGCAAAGCCAACCCUGAGGGAGACCAAAAAGAAAUUGGCAACACCUAUACGACAGGAGAUCCAAAAUGGUGUUGAACUUAAAGCUACCAAAAAGAAACUUGCUACACCACUGCGUAAAGAGAUACAAUCCAAGCCAUCUUUGAGAGAAACCAAAAGGAAGCUAGCUACACCUCUACGUCAAGAAAUUCAAUCCAAKCCAGUUUUGAGAGAGACCAAGAAAAAGCUAAAUACACCUYUGAGGAAAGAGAUCCAAAGUAAACCAAACCUUCGCCAAACCAAGAAGGUAAUGCCUACGGAGCUACAGGAURAAAUCAARMUUGGUGUAAAGCUGCAUCWAACCAAGAAGAUUAUGGCAUAUGACUUGCAAAUCGACAUUAUCAAAGGCAAGAAAUUGAGAGCAACAAAGAAAAAGAUGGCAACGCCAUUGAGGGAGGAGAUCCAGAAAGGUGUUUCACUAAGAAAGACUAAGAAGAGCAUGCCAACUCCUCUAAAGAAAGAAAUUUCUAAAGGGGUAGAGUUGAACAAAACCAAGAAAUCAUUGCCUGCUGCAGUACAAGAUGAAAUCAAACACGGAAAAACUCUUAGACAAACYAAGAAAAAGAUGCAGACACCACUAAAGCAGGAAAUUGAGAAAGGCACAAAACUCAAAGAGACAAAGAAGAAGAUGGUUACACCACUGAAAAGAGAAAUCCAAGCAGGAACUGAAUUGAAGAAAAACACAAGAAAGAUUGAAACUCCAAAGCAGAAUGAAAGCCAGCCUAAGCGAAGAAAAUCRAGCCAAGGUGGCAGUUCUUCUGUAAAGAAACUAAAGACACCUAUGCGUCAAGAAAUUGAAUCAGGUUUCAAAUUGCGUCAGAGACGUCUAGCAACGCCACUCAGGAGAGACAUCCACAGACGUCGUUCACUGAAACCUGUAAGAAGAAAGUCUACCAAGCUUGCCUCUGCUGAGGUGCAACCAAGGAGAAAACCCACAUAUGCUGAAAUCCUAAAGAGACCCAAGAAAGUUGCAGUUAGAAGGCUUUCAAGUAAGCRAGUUCCUGUCACAAAGUUUGGUCCAACAGCUCUGCCUGGACAAGCUGCAAGGCUUGCAACAACAACAGCUGUGAAGAAACCUGAAGUCAAGAUACAAACAGGUCAAGCAGACACCAAGAMAACCCCAAUUGUCAAGGAACAYGAGAUCAAAAAYCUUGAAGGCAUUGCUGAAAUGUUUGUCACUCCUGUCACCACUCACACMAGAGUUACCAGAAGUGCCAGGAAAUCUGGAAAUUGGCUUGAUACUAUUGCCAAAACCUUGCCAGAGCAGACCAGGGUAGAAGUCCAUGAACAGGACCUUGAAGGCGUUCCUGAAAUGUUCGCAACUCCAGAGGAAGUCCCCAGAAAGAGGAGAUCAAUGAGACAAAGUAGUGGUAACUGGCUUGAUGYCAUCGCUAAGACGCUUCCUGAUGURAACACCAAAGAAAUUGUCGAGGAAGACCUGGAUGGGUUGAAAGAAUUGUUUGCAACUCCCGAAGAGGCUGCGAAAAAGAUAAAAACUGCGAGGAAAAAGUCUGGUAACUGGCUUGAUGUCAUUGCUAAGACCCUUGGCCAAGGAAAGUCCAAACGAUCAUCUGUAGACCUUGGAGGCCUUCAAGAACUAUUCUCUACACCAUCAGCAGCAAAAAUGACCAGCCCAGUUGAAGAGAGAAACACUCCAUYYCUGCGWGGUAAAGACUCGCAAAUUUCAAUCCACGUUGAAUCGGCAAAGGUCACCAAAACACCAAGCCUACGUCAAGUGGCSAUGGUGCGUAACAGUUGUAACAUGAGUGGAACACCUAGAAUGAUUGAAGCAAUUAAAGCAUCAAAAACACCAUCUUUGAGGUCAAGCAGGCGAUCCGACGAAACAUUUAAUCUUGCCUUGAUGUCAAGUCCUGUAAGGCAAGUACAAACUCCUUCGCUUCGCUCUAAAGACUCCCAGUUUCUUACAGUAGAUGCAUUGCAAGCUUCCAAAACACCUUCCCUUCGCAAUUCCAAAGAGCCAGUUGAAAUGUUUCAAGCCAUUGAGCCUUCRAARACACCAUCCCUUCGUAAUGCYAAGGAGCCACUUGAAGUCUUCCAAGCCAUUGAAAUUUCAAAGACUCCAUCACUGAGAACAGGCGAUAACAAGACAGUCCGCACCAAAAAGAACAAAGAACGCAAGAGCAUUAAUUACACUGGUGUCAAACAACUCAUGAAGACGCCAAAGAUGAAAAAUAACGACGAUGAACCCGAGGAUAAUUUCGUGUCUUCAUGGUUUUCUACACCAAACCUUCCAUYCAAGUCUCCAAAGACUAGAAAUGCYGUUGCGCAGGUUAGUGGAGACUUUGAGCUCGACAUGAUAAACAUCGAGUCUAAAGCAACGAAAUCCAGCAAGUCACCAAGGAUAMGAAAUGCCAUUGCUGACAUCGAAGAGAACUUCGUUCCUGGUCUCUUUGCUUCUCCUGUCCAUGUUGAACGUUCCGCGAAGAASRCRAMRUYUUCCUCYAAGAAGGCGGCACCUAARCCUGUAGAUGAAGUAAAUGAUAGCGCUGRGAACGAAGUCAUCGMAGUCGAAGCCAACAAAAUAGAAGUUGUUARUGCAGUGGAAGAAGUUGUCGCAGAAGAAAAGCCCCAAAGACGCACUACAAGAUCAAAGAGAGCUGCACCAGAACUAGUUAAAGAACCAGCCAAGAAGAGAGCAAAGCGCGAAACCGCUCCAGUUGAACCAAAAAAGAACGGACGCAAAACUAGAAGUUCUGCUAAAACCACUAAGUCUUCAGCAAAGAAAGACUCAGUUGGUGUAGUUGAAACACCAAAACCAAUGUCCUUCAAACGUACAGUACURGAUCCCAUUCCAGAGCUACCGACUCCUUUAACAACACCUCGUGUAACAAGAACAAGAACAGUGUCGGUAAUGUCACCAACUCUAGAAGCUAUCCAGGAAAAACAGCAAGAGGCCAUCGCCCAGGAAGAGCCAGUGACAAAGCAAACUCGCGGUAAAGGUAAAGMUCAACCUAUAGAGAAGAAAGAAGAGCCCGCUACUCGUUCUUCGCGAAGAARAAURAAACCAGAGAUUGUUGAUAAGUCAGAAGAAGUCUUGGAAUYAGUUCCUCGAUCCACUCGUGGAACGCGCAGUCGAAAGAYAGUCGAAGAACCAGCCGAGGAGAAAGUCGAGAAACCUCUGCGUGCUACCAGAAAAACUAAAGGCAAAGCUCAUGUUGUCGAAAAUGCAAGUACAGACAACAAAACGUCUACUGAAGAAGCUGUAGAACCAACGAAAACUCGUGCGACACGCGGUAAAAAGCAAGUUGAAGAGCCUGUCAWSGAAGURGAGAUCACUCGUCGUGAUACUAGAAAAACUAAAAGCAAAGCUGUUGUCGAAAAGUCCGCUGAACAAGUUGAAGAACCAACCACAACUCGUGCAAAAAGAACACGUGGAAAGAAGACAGUUGAACAACCUGCCGAAGAGAAAGACGAGUCGAGCUCACAGGAAUCUGUUACCAAGGACACGAGAAGGACAAGAGCAACCAAUGUUAAUGAAAAAGAAAUUGAAGUCGAGGAAGUAAAGCCUGAGAAAGUAACUCGUUCAAGAAACACUCGAAGUAAAAAAGUCGCCGUCGAGAAAGACGAAGAAGUAGACGUAAUGCCACCAAAGAGAUCAACUCGUGGAAAGAAGACCAAGACUGAGGAAGUUUUGCCCGAGGUAGAAGUUCAACCGAAGACUCGUUCAACACGCGGUGGCAAGAAACAAYCRAAACCUGUUAUUGCUGAAGAAAUCGUCAUCCMRGAGACUGAACYAUUAAAGAAACAAGGGACUAAUAACAGCCGCUCAACACGCAGUCGCAAAGAACCMCAGAAACAARCAGAAGAAGUKGUUGAAAGGCGGUCUGGAAGGAAGCGUGUUGCUGAAGAACAACCARCAACGACACGUAGUGGCAAGAAGGCAAAAACCGACGUCGAGGUUGACGACAAGAAUGAGKUUGAAGAAGUGAAACCCAAACGCAGCACACGCGCRACUAAAGCACCAAAAGAAGACAUYAAACAACCAACAAGAGGAAGUAAACGUCAAGCUUCCAAGGUCGCUGUACCAACCCCCAAGAAGCAGCGUAUGUCUACAAGAUCAAGAAARUAAAAAACRWUGCAAAGUUUUUACUAUUUUAGCUUGUUUUAUAAUUGGAUUAAYUCYWCUYCAAGCGUUGUAAAUAGUCGCACGCAUUGUACUUUUUAAUCCAAUUUCAGUUCGUUUUAUCAAGUAAUUCUUACAUCAUCACGUGACAAUGAUCAGUUUGAUCCAACAAUAAUCACAUAUCAUAAUGACAGACUUGCUACAAUGCUUGUCUUGGGUGCCAAUGCCCUCUGUAAAUACAUAUAUAAUGGGCUAAUAAUUAAAACAUCUUAUCUAUAUUAU